CUUGGGCCUGUUGUUGAUAUUUCAAUGACAAUGGGGUAUUCUUUGCAUUAGAGCUUGGGAGUGACUUUCACAAAGUAAUCCUUCCUUAAGUUUAAACGUCGAGAUUCCUACGUGUUCAGGAUUCAUUGUUUUGUUCUAUUAUUUCGGUAGCUCCAGGGGCUGUCCUUUCAUUGUAAUGCAGCCCUGAUGCCGUUUCACUGGGCAACAACUGAGAAAUGAACAACUGAUGCAGAGUUUUGGAAAGGAAGCAGGGUGGGAAAAUCUGGGUGUGUUAGCUGCGAUGACAGCGAAAGGCUCAGAAGGAAGAAGCUCUCGAUGAUGUAAGCUCUGUGGGAGGAGAACAACGUCUUGUGUUUUAAGACUGUUGAGAGUAGCAAUUCAGUGAAGCAAUAUUCCUUGCUUCUGCAGCCUGUAUAGGAAGAUAAUGAAGCCGAUGUACAAAUUGUCCCACCUAUGAAGCAUAGGCCAGCAUCAAGGUCUGUUUUACACAGCCGAGCUCCAGAAAGGAAUUACUUUUUAAAAAAAAAAAACCAAACACAAACUAUUUUCUUUUACUGGUGACUCUUAAAUCCAGUGUAAGUAGAGUGUUUUGAAGUUCACUAAUCCACAGCUUGUCACAUAACAAAAUAAAGUGCACUGGUGGCUUCAGUUAGUACCUGUGGAAGCGAGUGCACAGACAGCUUUAGGAACUGUCACAGUGGGGGACUUGCUGCUGGGAAGAGCGAUACAGCGUGGGCAGACUUUGACCUGGAGGGCUGCAUGUGGAGGAGAUAAGAGGGACCAGACACUGUCAUGCAGCUUUUGAAUUCUGUUAAUACCGUGACUGGAUCUCAUUAAUACCCCUUUGGUGGGAUAGUUGUACCAAGGUAUCAGCAGAGAACUUCUGUUUCUCAACACUAGCAAAACUGCAUUUUUUUACUUCAAUACCUUAUUUCAGCCCUUCUGAGAAAAAUAAGCUGUCCUGGUAAGAGCAUUCUUUGUCUGUGUACAGGCCCUAUGAGAAAAAGGGAAAGCUAAGGAUGCUGGAGCAGAACAAUGGAUUUCUCUUUCUCUUUCAUGCAAGGGAUCAUGGGAAACACAAUUCAGCAACCACCUCAACUCAUUGACUCAGCCAACAUCCGCCAAGAGGAUGCCUUUGAUGCCAGCAGUGACAUUGCUGAAGAUGGUGGACAACCGCCAUACGAAACUGCCCUGCAGCAAGGCUUUCAGUACCCUACGCCCACGACGGAGGACCUUCCACCCAUCACCAAUGGCUACCCACCAACAAUCAAUAUGUACGAACCUCAAGCCAAAUACCAGACAUACAGUCAAUAUCCCAAUGGUUCGGCCAAUGGUUUUGGCACAGUCAGAAACUUUAGUCCCCCAGAGUAUUACCAAAUGGAAAACUCUAACACAAGGCCACAUGAAGUUCUGGAAAAACCUUCCCCUCCACAGCCGCCACCUCCACCACCACCUUCAGUUUCACAAACGGUGAUUCCAAAGAAGACUGGCUCACCAGAGAUCAAAUUAAAAAUAACCAAAACUAUCCAGAACGGCAGGGAAUUGUUUGAGUCCUCUCUGUGUGGGGACCUUUUAAAUGAAGUACAAGCGAGUGAGUAUGCUAAGGCGAAACAUGAAGGGAGAAAAGAGAAAAGGAAAAAAAGUAGCAAGCAUGACUCUUCCCGAUCGGAAGAGCGCAAGUCGCACAAAAUUCCAAAAUUAGAACCAGAGGAACAAAAUAGACCAAAUGAGAGGCUUAGCAUGCUAUCAGAAAGACCAAGAGAAGAUACAGUGUUGGAGGAAACCCCGGUCCAGCAGUUCUUGCCUUCUCUUCCAACACAAGUCACCCAUGACAUCAAGUUUCAGGUUGGCGAUCUGGUUUGGUCCAAGGUGGGAACAUACCCGUGGUGGCCUUGCAUGGUUUCAUGUGAUCCACAGCUUGAUGUUCAUACCAAAAUUAAUACAAGAGGUGCCCGUGAAUACCACGUUCAGUUUUUUAGCAACCAGCCAGAGAGGGCCUGGGUGCACGAGAAGCGGGUUCGGGAGUACAAAGGACACAAACAGUAUGAGCAAUUAUUGGCUGAGGCUGCUAAGCAAGCCAGCAACCACUCUGAGAAACAGAAGAUUCGCAAACCAAGGCCGCAAAGGGAGCGUGCUCAGUGGGAUAUUGGUAUUGCCCAUGCUGAGAAAGCAUUGAAAAUGACUCGGGAAGAAAGGAUAGAACAGUACACCUUCAUUUAUAUAGACAAAGAGCCAGAGGAGGUUUUGUCAAAAGCCAAAAAGACUGCUGCUGCUAAAUCAGAGACCAAGAAGAACCGACGACCGAAGCCAGCACUGAACCCCCAGCCAGAACAUGCCAACGUGAUAGCAGCGUCGCCUUCAAACGCUGAAGUGCGAAGACAAAGCCAACGGAGGCAGUCAAGUGUGGAAGAAGAGGAGCCACCUCCUGUGAAAAUCGCGUGGAAAACAGCUGCAGCUAGAAAAUCCUUACCAGCUUCAAUAACCAUGCACAACUUGGAUCUUCAAAAAUGUAACAUGUCUCCAGUUGUUAAAAUUGAACAGGUUUUUGCCCUUCAGAAUGCUGCUGGGGACGGAAAACUCAUCGAUCAGUUUGUUUAUUCCACUAAGGGAGUUGGUAACAAAACAGAAAUAAGUGUCAAAGGACAAGAGAAACUUAAUUCUUCAUCAAAUCAAAGAAAUGAAAAAGCAGCGGUGCAAAAUGCGUCCUCUCCUGAAACAACUUCUGGGUCAACAGGUUCUGUAGAAAAGAAGCAACAGAGAAGAUCGAUUCGAACCCGCUCAGAGUCUGAGAAAUCCACUGAAGUUGUGCCAAAGAAGAAGAUCAAAAAGGAGCAGGUUGAAAUGGUUCCACUGACAGCGGUGAAGACAGGACUGCAGAAAGGUGCCAGCGAGAUUUCAGAUUCUUGUAAACCUUUAAAGAAAAGGAGUCGUGCCUCAACGGAUGUAGAACUGACUAGUUCGGCUUACAGAGAUACAUCUGACUCUGAUUCAAGAGGACUUAACGAUUUACAGGGUAGUUUUGGAAAGCGUUCCGACAGCCCAUCAGCUACGGCCGAUGCUGACGCUUCUGAUGUGCAGUCGGUAGACUCUAGCUUAUCCAGGAGAGGAACUGGAACAAAUAAAAAAGACACUGUUUGUCAGAUCUGCGAGAGCUCUGGCGAGUCUCUGGUGUCCUGCGAGGGUGAGUGUUGCAGCGUCUUUCAUGUGGAGUGUCUCGGCCUGAAGUCAAUGCCCGAUGAGAAGUUCAUCUGCACUGAGUGUAAAAACGGAGAACAUACGUGCUUUUCAUGCAAACUUCCCGGCAAAGAUGUGAAGCGCUGUUCCGUCAACACGUGCGGUAAAUUUUAUCACGAGGCCUGUGUUCGCAAGUUUGCCACUGCUCUGUUUGAGUCGCGAGGGUUCCGUUGCCCGCAGCAUUGCUGUACUGCCUGCUCCAUGGAUAAGGAUAUUCAUAAAGCAAGCAAAGGUCGCAUGGUGAGAUGUUUCAGAUGUCCCAUUGCCUAUCACUCAGGAGAUGGCUGUAUUGCAGCAGGAAGCUUGUUUGUGUCAUCCCACAUUCUCAUCUGUAGUAACCAUUCCAAAAGGAAUCACUCCUCAUCAGCUGUAAAUGUAGGCUUUUGUUUCGUUUGUGCAAGAGGGUUGGUAGUGCAGGAUCAUUCAGACCCCCUGUUCAGUUCAUAUGCCUAUAAGUCCCACUACCUACUGAAUGAAUCAAAUCGUGCUGAGUUGAUGAAAUUACCUAUGAUUCCUCCUCCUUCGUCAGCUUCCAAAAAGAAAUGUGAGAAAGGUGGAAAACUGUUGUGCUGUGAAUCCUGCCCAGCUUCCUUUCACCCUGAGUGUCUCAACAUAGAAAUGCCUGAAGGAUGCUGGAAUUGCAAUGACUGUAAAGCUGGCAAGAAGCUACGUUACAAGCAGAUCGUUUGGGUCAAGCUUGGGAAUUACAGGUGGUGGCCAGCAGAGAUCUGCAAUCCCAGGUCUGUGCCUCUCAACAUACAGGGCCUCAAACAUGAUAUCGGGGACUUCCCAGUAUUUUUCUUUGGUUCACAUGACUACUAUUGGGUACACCAGGGCAGAGUUUUCCCUUAUGUUGAAGGAGAUAAAAGCUUUGCUGAGGGGCAAACUAGUAUUAACAAGACCUUCAAGAAAGCACUUGAAGAAGCAGCAAAGCGCUUCCAGGAGCUGAAAGCACAAAGAGAAAGCAAAGAGGCAUUAGAAAUUGAAAGGAAUUCAAGGAAACCUCCACCUUAUAAACACAUCAAAUCCAACAAGGUAAUAGGGAAGGUUCAGAUUCAGGUAGCCGAUCUGUCAGAAAUCCCGCGCUGUAACUGCAAGCCGUCGGAUGAGAACCCUUGCGGCCUGGAGUCCGAGUGUCUGAACAGGAUGCUGCAGUACGAGUGCCAUCCCCAGGUGUGCCCGGCGGGAGAGCGAUGUCAGAACCAGUGUUUCACCAAAAGACUCUACCCUGAUGCUGAAAUCAUAAAAACGGAUCGACGUGGAUGGGGUCUCAGGACAAAAAGGAGCAUUAAAAAGGGUGAAUUUGUGAAUGAAUAUGUUGGCGAGCUAAUCGACGAAGAAGAGUGCAGAUUGCGGAUCAAACGUGCACAUGAAAACAGAGUAACCAAUUUUUAUAUGUUAACUGUAACAAAGGACCGGAUAAUAGAUGCUGGCCCAAAGGGGAAUUAUUCUCGUUUUAUGAACCAUAGUUGUAAUCCAAACUGUGAAACACAGAAAUGGACAGUGAAUGGUGACAUUAGAGUUGGACUGUUUGCUCUUUGUGAUAUUCCUGCAGGAAUGGAGUUAACAUUUAAUUACAAUUUGGAUUGCCUGGGCAAUGGUAGGACCGAAUGUCAUUGUGGAGCAGAAAACUGCAGUGGUUUCCUAGGAGUGCGUCCAAAGACAGCAUUUGCAACGGCAAAUGAAGAGAAGGUGAAGAAUGCAAAAUUAAAGCAGAAGAAACGGAAAAUAAAAACAGAACAGAAGCAGAUGCAUGAAGACAACUGUUUCCAGUGUGGAGAUGGGGGAGAACUGGUCAUGUGUGAUAAAAAGGACUGUCCCAAAGCAUACCACCUCCUAUGCCUUAACCUGACUCAACCACCCUUUGGAAAGUGGGAAUGUCCGUGGCACCAGUGCGACGUCUGUAGCAAUCCUGCAGUUUCAUUCUGCGAGUUUUGCCCUCAUUCCUUCUGUAAAGAUCACGAGAAGGGAGCCCUGGUGGCAUCAGCGUUGGAUGGUCGUCUCUGCUGCUCUGCACAUGACCCCAAGUCUCCUGUGGCACCCGAGUACUGGAGCAAGAUAAAGUGCAAAUUGGAAGCACAGAAUCCUGUAGAAGAAGCAAAGGAGUGAAUUUGGUUAAAAACAAACCCGGGAGGGGAGAAGAGGAGCAAACAGGCGAUGAACUUGAAGAGACUGCUACGACACAUUCAGUCUUUGUCAUCGGAGCCGUCGUGUGUGAAGUGGGACCGGGACCAUUUAGUCUUAGCAAGCAGAAGCAGGCAGUGGUGUUUUGGGUUUUAUUGUUUGGUCUUUCUUUUACCCUUGAAUGUGCUACAGCAGCUCUUACUGUUGGAAACCAGAAACAUCUUGGCCUUGAAAGAAAAACGUCAGACCUUUUGACAGUGAAAAGAAUAUUCUGUUUAAAAUAUGUUCUUUGAGUGUAGAAAGCAAAGCAUAGCAACAUAUUUAUUUAUUUAAUUUUUAAAGGGUGUUGAAGAUCUGGUUUUGAUCAGUCAACGUGUCUUUAAAAACAAAAUAGCAAAGCCAACGUAAGUUUUAUGUCUAGUUUAGGAAAUGAAUAAAGCCUCCCCACUCUGUGUAACAUUGAGAUGCCAUAAAGACAGAUGUGGGUUUCAGACCAGGUGACCCUGAAAUGCCUCCAUUCCAGUACUUGCUUUUAAAGGCAUUUUGAGAAGGUAGGUUAUAGAUCAUGUGAGCUUAGGAAUAGUAUAGUAAAGCUUUUCCUAUGAGAAAUCAGGUGUAUGACUUCUUGGAAGUGCUUGUAACGUGAGAUCUGGCAUUGUUUAAGGAGGGAAGAAACCAUGGUUCCUUGCUCGAGAGCUAUAAUCGGUGUUUGCAGACAGGUGGAAGCUCAGGAGGAGCUUCAUUGCACAGUGGUAAUUUCUUUAUCCCGCCAAUUUGGAAAACCUUCAUAGUUAGGAGAGCCUCUCGGCCUCAGGCACAUACUGCAGCACACUCGGAACUGAAGGCUUAGUCCUGCCAGUGGGAGCUCUGCCAUUGACUGCCACAGAUGGAGGAUUGUUCUGCGCGUGUGUAUGUGUCUUCUGCCAGGUCUGCGCUUGGUUCACGGCAGUUAUAUUAGUGCGAUUCUUUAUUGCCGCCUUCUCAGACUCCCAUUAGCUCCAAAGGAAGUUUGAGCGCUUAAGGAAUCCAACCCAUGUGUGCGUUUAUUUUGAUUGAAUGUUUAGAUUUUUGUGCUGAGAGAGAUCCUCCAACUUUACUCUUCAUUGUUCCUGGAGCUAAGAAAAAUCUCAGCACUUCUUCAAUGAACGGGGUGUUUUCUGUGUCUGGGUGAUGGGCCACAUUCACAGCAGCCGACUUGAGCCUCAUGAGACAGUUCUCUCUCGGAUUUCCUCUGUUAAUCAGUAGAGAGGCUCCUUCACUGAGGCUUUUGAAGUGGCUUAGGUAGGCUCCUGCUCCGGAUUUUCUUUUGAAAACCCAUCCUUGUGCGAGGAGCCUGGGGGACUAGUUUCCCCAGGCUGGGGUUAGUCUUUGGUGAACCUCCUCCCCUAGCCAACAAUCUUACAAAGCACCGUGCAUCUCCCCUUGCCCUGGUAGAGUUAGAGCGUACUUUGGACUUGUGUACUGAUACUAGCUAACUUCGUGCUAGCUUUUCACUAAUGAGUAUUGAAAAUAAUCCUGAAUGAAAAAAAAUUCCUAUCAAGUGUUGCUGGCAUCUGGCUAAAUUUAAGCCUUUUAAGAAUUAAGAACCUUGUCUCUGGAAAACUGCUUACGUAAUCCUGCAGGGACAUGGUGACUUCUCAGUUCAAGAAAAUAGUAGACUGAAAAAAGUACAUGUGGGAUUUUAGAGCACGUCUUGCCUCUGGCCGCUGUCCUUCUCGUCCUCAAAUUCAUGUACGGGGGGGGGGAAAUUUUUGUGUGCAAUUGUAAAAUUACAAAACACACUACAAUCUCUUUAAGCAGCAACUGUGCCAUGUAACUGAUCUGGCAGUUCAUCAUCUGCGGAUGCCUUUCCUACGAACUUGGGGUGUCUUGGGGGGCAUUACCGCAGCUAUUGGUGGGUCAGUUUGUGGUGCAGAGGGCUAGCGAGAUCUAUAAAGCACUUCGUCUUGUGGUCCGUACUACAGUGAAUGUCUGAAACACUAAUCUUGCUUGAAAGCAGUGCUAUAUUUUGGUAUUUUUUACAAAAAAAAAAUUACAAAAAGGAUUUUAUUUUUCUUAACAUUUUGUGUGAUAAAUGUCUCUUUUUAAGCUCUUACUGGGGGUGUUUAACCUUUUCAGAAAUUCCAAACGCAGCUCUUGCUACAGCGUCUGUGAGGCCUGAUGUUUUUAUAGUGUUUAUUAGGCUUGGUAACGUUCAAACGAUUUUCGGAAGUCCGAGCGUUCCGAACACCGCAGACAUGCGGUCGCGUGAGUGCACCUACGUACUACUUCAUUCCGUGUCCGUGGUGACUUACCGACCGGAGGGCAAUGGUGUGGCAGCACCAGACGGCCCCGCGAGCGUUUGACGUGGCAGGGGAGCAGCCGGGAACCGUGUGUCGUGCCGCUGUGCCAGGCACGGCAGAACCUGUGACGGGUCACAGGAGGCUUAGAAACUUGUGGAAUACUGUGAUUCGAGGCCGGCUGCUACUCCUGUGCCAUGUCGCUUGGUGUCUUGGUUAACUUUGCUUUCAGACUUCUUACAGGUGCUCCUUUUUUCCACCAAAAAAAGCUUAACAAUAGCCAACAGCUGGGCUUGGACUUAAAAGGGAAAAUAGCAGAUUGGUUUAUGAGCUUGAACAACAAAAAGUCUGAACUGGAUUUCACGCUAUCGGAGAGAAGGUGAAUCUUUCAAAAAAACUUUAACAUUCUGAGAGAAGCAAAUACCUAAUUCAAAGUGUCUUAGUAACUGUAGGGGGUUUGUUCUAGAUGCCAAACACAACAUGGUAAAACACAUGUUUUAACCACAUCUUUGCAAACUGAAUAACGAUAAUGCAAUUCCUUUGUAAGGAAAAGAUUAAGAGCUGUUUUGAUUAAUUGGCAUCAGCAGAGGGGGAGUCAGCUGCUGAAUUAAAUUUGUGUGGUCUCUAAAGUGAGCGAAGCCGUGUUGGAUAGUUUGGUCGUAUCAUGCUGAGGCCUGGAAGAAAUCCACAGAACUGAUGGUGAUUUCGGCUGAGAACUGAAAUCUGCUGGUUUAAGACCAUCAGUUGUUCCUUCACCGGAACGCACCGUCACACUUUUCCCUUCCUUUCAUUUUAUAUUUUUGAGAUAGCACCACGCUGCUGGCGAUCACCUGCCUCGGGCUCGGUCGCCUGCGUGCUCUCUCUAGUGCGGCGCCUGAGCUGCUCCGCAAAUUUCCCGGGAUUUUAUUGUUUACUGGAGCUUUUACUCUGCAGUUCGCACCUUAGCGCAGCGAAAACGUUCUGCAGACCGUGGCCAAAUGGUGCAAUGGCUGGUUACUACCAUUUUCUAAAUACAUGGUGCAAGCAUUAGUUAUUGUAGCUUUCAGAUUAUUAGUAUAGACUUGUCCUGUCGAUAGACUGUUGAAGGCAUUUGCAGCUCAGGAAGGAGAACGUAAAAGGCGAUUUUUGUGGGCAAAUUACCUUCUCUGGUCACCACCAUGGUCUUAGAGAAUCUGUUAAAAUGGAGUAAUAGGGCUGGAAUGUUUAAUUUUGGCCUUUCUUCUAAAAACCUUCUUGUAUCUUAAUUUCAGGAUAGAAUGGGAAAGACAGAAUUACUAGACGUAAUUAACAAGGAGCAUAAAAUCUGUAUAUAUUGAAACUUUACAGAACUAUGUGGGUGGGGCGGGGGAGGAGGGCGGGAGGGGGGAUGUCCGAUGCUGGUACGAAGUAGUCACUUUAACAUUGAAACCUCUGCCUCAUUGAAUUCAGGGUUUAAUGUACUUGAAGCUCUGCGGUUCCUUAUACAGCUUUUUUAUUUAUACAUAACUUUUUUUUGUAUACUACAUUGAAAAUGUCUUUGACUUCCCUGAAGUUACUUUCUGCUCCCACUGUACAGUGAAUCUAUGGCAAACGGGAGAGUUUUUCAAAGCCGCUGUCUCAGACUUGUGUGUGUUCGAGAAGUGUGUUGCAUGAGAGAUGGCAACCUUGGAGUACUGCUGUCCCUUUGCUUUCAGUUUUCCAUCGACUUUCCCCCGCCAUUUAUCUUCGUGUAGCAAAAAUGUUUGCACUUACAAUACACUCCUACACUUUGGAUGUAUUCACAAUGUUGUUCUGAGGAGAAUAGAAAAAAAAAAAGAAAAAAAAAAGGGGGGGAAAAAAAAAAGCUGUUUCCUAUUCUAUUGUAUUCCUGAGUGAGGAGCUCAGGUCCUUAUUACCCCUGUGAGGGGCUAUCUCACUGCUCUGGAGAGAGGGGAGUUGUUAAGCUGAAACUCUUAUCUGUGCUUUGCAUAGAAGACUUCUGUAAUUAAUGUGAAAUCAAAAAGGGAAAACGCGGAUGAAUUUGCCAAAGCCAUUCACUCACCGUUUCUCGCGUGGUACUAACUGCCCGGGGGUCGUGCGUGGGAGAAGCGAGCCACUUUUCCCAGCGCUGCCUCUUCCAGCUCCGGGGGACGAGGUGGCCGCGUGGUGGCCGCGUGGUGGCCGCGAGGUCCUUCACAGCCGGGCGCUGCACCCUCUGAGCAGUUCUUACUCGCUUUUGGGUUAUAAACUGGCUGGAUGGGGGGGGGGGGGGGGGGGGGGGGGACACCAAACACGUUUCCUAUUCACUGGUCGAGCUGUAUCUCAUUUCUGGUGUCACUUUUCCUUUUCAAACAAAGCGAUGGCGGUGCCACAGAAAACAAGGUGGUAACGAAGCGUUUCGGCUGGCUGGUCGUGAGGUUUGUUCCGCAGAGGGGUGUGCGCAUACCGGGGUUCCGGGAGAAGCUGAACCUCGGGGUUUCCACGCGAGUGAUGUUGCACAACACAGAUACCUGCAGAUUCCGUUUCCAUUCCCAUGUACUCUUUCUCUGUAAGGAUGACCUUUGUAGAGUCGUUAUUUCUGUAGACUUUGUUUAUCUGUAACAAACUUUGUAGAUUCUGUGAAAUGUUAUUUUAACGAAAAUCACUCGAGUCUUUAAUAGCAAAGCAUCAAUAUUCACUGAAGUCGGUAUCUUAAGAGUUUUUGGAAGUUGACUAGAAGCUCUUGACACUAACGAAGUAGUGUUAAAUUUCCCUGGCGAUGUUCCACUGGGGCAUUACUGUAUUAUGACUUGAUGUUGCCGCAUAGACUUUGAGAUAUACGAUAUUUUGGGGGUUUUGUUGUUCGGCCUAUGUUCUCUUGCAUAGUGUGAAACCUGUAAAGCUUGGUUAACCUGUAUAUAGAUAGCUUACUGUCAACUAGUUAUAGUGUAUCUAGAAUUGCCUGUAAUAUUUUAGCUUCUUACUGAACGUGUGUGAUGGUAGAAACAUAUAAUUUUUGUACAUUAUAUUUAAUGAGAUGUUGCCUUUUUUAUUUUACAAAUACUUUGGAAUUCAGAUGUGUUUUUGCUUCCGUGAGGAUUAAUUUGGAAAGGUUUUUAAUGACAUUCCACUGAUUUGAACUUUUGCUUGAGGUUGACUUCAAUAAAUCGUUCUGGAUGUUCCAAC